UCUCAGCUUUAGACCUCAGAGAGAGCGGGGUUAGAGUUGUACUAGAGACGCUCUAUUAGAGAAGAAAAAUGGCGGAGGAGGCGAUUCUGGGUUUCCUGGAUAACAAUACACAAAUCUCUGACUCCGGUCAAUUCGCAACCGACCAAGGUCUUGAUCACAACGAAGUCGUCAACGUCAUCAAGAGUCUCCAUGGUUUCAGAUACGUCGACGCCGAGGACAUCAAAAAAGAGACCUGGGUGCUUACUGAUGAGGGGAAAAUGUAUGCUGCUACUGGGUCACCUGAAAUAUUACUGUUCCUGGCCAUACCACCAGAGGGUAUCCCGAAAGACGAACUGCAGAAAAAGCUUGACCCAGCAGUUUACAAAAUAGGAUGUGCUCAGGCAGCGAAGAAUAAAUGGGUGGAGUUGGGAAAGUUAGUGACCAGAAAGGUCCAACAGGCAGAGGACAAGGUCAAAAAUUUGCUGCUUCAGAUACAAGAAGGAAAAGUUGUUGGCCAAGAUGACAUUAAAGCUCUCAAAGCAAGAAAGCUUAUUGCUCAACAGACAUGGAAGGGCUACUCAGUGAAAAAGGGUCUUAAUUAUGCUCCAAAGAGAAAGAAGGUCGCCACAGAUUUGACUCGAGAAAACUUACAGAGGGGAGAUUGGAAGGAAUUAGAGUUUAAAGAAUAUAAUUUCAGUGCUAAAGGUCUACCUAUUGAAGGUGGUCAUCUUCAUCCACUGCUCAAGGUGAGACAGCAAUUGAAGGAUAUCUUUCGACAAAUGGGGUUUGAGGAGAUGCCUACAAACAAUUUUGUUGAGAGCAGCUUCUGGAAUUUUGAUGCCCUUUUCCAACCACAACAACACCCUGCACGAGAUUCACAUGAUACAUUCUUCCUGCAAGCUCCUUCGACUACAAAUGAACUUCCUGAAGAUUAUGUUGAGCGAGUGAAAGCUGUUCAUGAGUCUGGUGGUUAUGGUUCUAGGGGAUAUGGAUAUGAUUGGAAAAGAGAGGAAGCAGACAAAAACCUUUUGCGGACACACACUACUGCUGUUUCUUCAAAGAUGCUUUACUUGCUAGCCCAGAAACCAUUUGUCCCCAAAAAGUACUUCUCUAUAGAUCGUGUUUUCAGGAAUGAAGCAGUAGAUCGGACUCACCUUGCCGAGUUUCACCAGAUAGAAGGCCUGGUGUGUGAUCGAGGGCUUACACUUGGUGAUUUGAUAGGAGUCCUGCAUGAUUUUUUCUCCCGCCUGGGCAUGUCAAAGCUACGAUUCAAGCCUGCUUAUAAUCCUUAUACUGAACCCAGCAUGGAGAUUUUCAGUUAUCAUGAAGGCUUCAAAAAGUGGGUAGAGGUUGGGAAUUCUGGUAUGUUUAGACCUGAGAUGUUGCUUCCCAUGGGACUCCCAGAAGAUGUUCGCGUUAUUGCAUGGGGUCUUUCCCUUGAGAGGCCAACCAUGAUUUUGUACGGGAUUGACAACAUUCGGGAUCUCUUUGGAUCCAAGAUCGAUCUUGGUCUCAUCAAGAAAAAUCCAUUAUGUCGCCUUGGAAUUUAGUAACUCAAAUUUAUUUACACUGUUGUAAAAUUUUUGAUUUGAUAUUACCUGUAACAACCUUUAUCUUUUAUGAGUUGAAGGAAACGUUUCUAUUAUAGUUUAAAA